AUGGCCACAAGCACAAUAAAGCACAAGAAGUCAUCUUAUGUCACCUGUGUGACAGAAGACCUACCGUCUUCCACUAAAAAAAAACUUUUAGAAAAAGAUACAGCUUUUCUUAAAGAAAAUCACAUUCCGAAAUUCGAAAAAGCAAAUUCCAAAGUAGACUUCAAAUUAGCGGAAUUUAAUGCCAGAUGUGACGAAUUAGAACAAUCAGUCACAGAGCAUGGGGAAAAGUGGCACCAAUUCAUCGAAAAAAUUGUGGAGAAAAAUAAUGAAGAUAUUGCCAAAAUGAGAGAAAAUGGCAUCAGAAGAUUAAAGGAAUACCAAAGGGAAAUUAGAAAAUUACUUGCAAGUAUACACGAAAUUAUUCUGCAAAACAACAUGAUUGCUGAAUCUAUGAACGUAAGAGAUAUAACAGAAUAUGAAAGCAACAUUCAGAAGUAUUUAAGGAUAUCCUUAGAUAUAGAACUGGAAUUACCAACUUUCGUUUCCAAGGACAUAGAUGAAAGUAAAAUGUACAAAAAAUUUGGAAAAUUAAAAGAACUUAAAAUUCAAGGAGAUCCGAUUCACACGUCAGAAUCAGCUAAUGAUCUCCUAGAUAAUCCCUAUCAAAUUGCAACCUUCUCAACAGGAAUCACAGAAUUGAUGAGGAUAGCAUGUCAAGAUACAGACAAUGCAUGGGUAACUAAGAAGAACAAACCUACCAUCACUCGUGUCAACAUACAGGGCUUUGUGAAAGAGACCGUAACCGCUACUUUUUGGGAUCAUCCAACUGACAAUUCAAUCUCGAAAGAGGAACAUCUGCUGUACAGUGAUAAACUUAACAGAGUAGUUAAGGAUAAUCAAAAGACAAAACCGAGGACCACAGCACCACAGGGAUGGGUUCCACUUGGACACAAUCAGGUGAUUUGCUAG